AUGGCGUGGCGGGAGGCGGAGGCGAGCCGGGGUUUCCUGGGCUCCCUGCUGCGGGAUUUCCCGAGGCCGCUGGGCGCGGAGGACGCCUUGCCUUGGAGUCCUCCGGGCCGGGGUGGCGCCCUCAGCCAGGCCGAGGCGCCGGCGGAGAUGGCCGAGUUGGCCCGCAGCUUCCUGGGCAGCAGGAAUGCGCCACCUCUUCUUGCGGCAUCUUUGAUUUACGCAGCAAUCCAUGAUCUGCUGCAGAUGGAUCUUACUGAUUUUAAAAAGCAGCACGUGGAAGGAGAGGAAGCUGGAGACCCUGGGACAUCUUUCUUGCUUGAUGGAGGCCCUUUGCAGCACCGUUUCUUUAACAAGCUCUGGGAUGUGUGUUGCAAAUGGCAGAAGCAGCUACCGCCACUGAAGCCUCUUGACCGCUACCUCCAGAUCUCCACCCAUGCGACACGCAAUUCCCGCCGGAAGAUGGAGGACAGGCACAUUUCCCUUCCAGAAUUUAAUCAGCUCUUUGGCAUGACGGAUGGUGUGGAGAGAGCAUACUUUGCUGUGUUUGAUGGUCAUGGUGGAGUGGAUGCCGCUAACUAUGCAGCAACUCAUUUGCAUUUCAACAUCGCACAUCACAAUGAGAUUGUGAAAAACCCUGCAGAAGCCUUGAAAGACUCAUUCCAGAAAACAGAUGAAAUGUUCCUUUCUAAAGCCAGAAGGGAGAAACUGCGCAGUGGGAGCACCGGUGUGGCUGCCUUGAUUGUGGGGAACAAGCUGCACAUCGCUUGGCUGGGAGACUCCCAGGUCAUGCUGGUGCAACAGGGGAAAGCUGUAACCCUGAUGGAGCCUCAUAAGCCAGAGAGAGAGGAUGAGAGACAACGGAUCGAAGCCUUAGGGGGCUGUGUCACCUAUAUGGACUGCUGGCGUGUCAAUGGGACCCUGGCUGUCUCCAGAGCGAUUGGUGACUUGUUACAGAAGCCUUACAUCUCCGGCUGUGCAGACAGUGCGUCAUUUGAGUUGACGGGCACUGAAGAUUACGUGCUCCUGGCCUGUGACGGGUUCUUUGACGCCAUCAGACCCUUUGAGGUGGUGGACCUCGUCCUGGAGCACUUAACCCAAAGCCACGGGGACGGCCUCAAGGCUGCUGAGAGGCUGGUGGCUGCGGCAAAAGAGAGCGGCUCCAGCGACAACAUCACUGUCCUGGUGGUGUUUUUGAGGGAGCCCCAGCGUGUCUUGGCUGACUGCCUCAGAGACCCCAAAAGCUGCUCUGCUGAGGAUUGUGCAGCAGACUCGCCCUUUAACUUUUUCAGCUCUGAAAUGACAGGCUAG